AUGUGUAUCUCUGUGUCUGGUGUUUCCUCUCCCUGCCCUGUGGAAGGUUCCGGAAAGCUGAGCCAACCAGUGCUUAAGGCAAAAGCAGUCCUCACUCCAGGAUCCAGGAGCAGCACGCUCUAUACUCAGGGGCCGCGGUCCUGCCCGCGAGCCUCAGAGCUGCCCCAACCGCCUUUAUCCUCGACCAUGUUCCCGUGGUCGGGCUCAGCCAUGUUGCUUCUACUUGCACUGCUCGCUGAGCUUGGAGAGCUGCAUGCCGGCCCCCAUUCUGAAGGAAUGUUCCUGCGUGUCACAGUUCCAAAGAAGAUGAGGUCAAAUGAGAGUGAAGAUUCAGAAAAGCAUGUGAUUUAUAUUAUUACAAUUGAUGGAAAGCCAUAUACUCUGCAUCUCAGAAAACAAUCAUUCUUACCACAGAAUUUUUUGGUUUAUACAUAUAAUGAAACAGGCUCUUUGCAUACUGAAUCUUCAUAUUUUAAGAUGCAUUGCCAUUACCAAGGAUAUAUUGAAGGUUUUCCAAAUUCAGUUGUGACACUCAGCAUCUGUUCUGGACUCAGGGGAUUCCUUCAGUUUGAAAAUCUCAGCUAUGGGAUUGAACCGCUGGAAUCUUCAGCAAGAUUUGAGCAUAUAAUUUAUCAAGUGAAAAACAACAGUCCUGAUGAAGUGCUGUUAGCAGAAAAUGACAGCAAUGCUUGGCAGAAAGACCAACCCCAUAAAGUUCAAAUAAGCUCACAGAAAAUGAUUCUUUCAGAACUAUUACCUCAGUAUCUUGAAAUGCACAUCAUAGUGGACAAAGCUUUGUUUGAUUACAUGGGAUCUGAAAUGAUGGCUGUAACACAGAAAAUUGUCCAAAUUAUUGGCCUUGUCAACACUAUGUUUACCCAGUUCAAUUUGACUGUUUUAAUGCCCUCCUUGGAAUUAUGGUCAAGUAAAAACCAAAUUUCUACCAACGGGGAUGCUGAUGAUUUAUUGCAAACAUUUUUGGCAUGGAAACAGGACUAUCUAAUCCUUCGGCCCCAUGACGCAGCAUACUUACUUAUUUACAGGAAACAUCCUAAACAUGUGGGAGCAACAUUUCCUGGCACAAUAUGUAAUAAAAACUACGAUGCAGGUAUUGCUCUGUAUCCAGAGGCAGUAAGUUUGGAGGGAUUUUCGGUUAUUAUGGCUCAACUAAUUGGCCUUAAUAUAGGAAUAACAUAUGAUGACAUCAAUAAGUGUUCUUGUCCAAAUGCUACAUGCAUAAUGACUCGUGAGGCAGUGCUUUCCAGUGGUAUAAAGAUUUUUAGCAACUGUAGUGUACAUGACUAUACAUAUUUUACUUCAAAAUUGGAGCCUAAAUGUCUUCAGAACCUUUCAAAUUUGCAACCAUUAUAUAAAAACAAGCCAGUGUGUGGUAAUGGGAUUUUGGAACCUAAUGAAGAAUGUGACUGUGGCAGUGAAGAGGACUGUCAAUUUAAAAAGUGCUGUGAUUAUAAUACAUGUAAACUGAAAGGCUCAGUACAAUGUGGUUCUGGAGCAUGCUGUACAUCGGAAUGUAAGAUAUCAAUAGCAGGCACUCCAUGUAGAAAGAGUAUUGAUCAAGAAUGUGAUUUUACAGAGUAUUGCAAUGGGACUUCUAGUAAUUGUGUCCCUGACACAUAUGCAAUGAACGGCCAUUUAUGCAGGUUGGGAACUGCAUAUUGUUAUAAUGGACAAUGCCAAACCACCGAUAAUCAGUGUGCCAGAGUAUUUGGAAAAGGUGCUCAAGGUGCUCCAGUUGCCUGUUUUGAAGAAGUUAAUUCUCUCCGUGAUAGAUUUGGAAACUGUGGUUUUAAAAAUUCACAACCAUUGCCUUGUGACCAGAAGGAUGUUCUCUGUGGAAAAUUAGCAUGUAUUUGGCCACAUAAGAAUGCUUAUAAAAAUAAUGUUCAACCUGCAAUUUAUUCUUAUAUUCAAGGUCAUGUAUGCAUAUCCAUAAAUACUGGGUCAUCAGUGAGAUCAGAUGGAAGGGAUUAUGCCUAUGUGGCUGACGGCACCAAGUGUGGUCCACAAAUGUAUUGUUUAAAUAAAACCUGCAGAGAAGCUCGUUUAAUGGGAUAUAAUUGUAAUGCCACUACAAAAUGCAAAGGGAAUGGGAUAUGUAAUAAUUUUGGUAAUUGUCAAUGCUUUCCUGGCCAUAGACCUCCAGAUUGUGAUUUCCAGUAUGGUUCACCUGGGGGCAGUAUUGAUGAUGGAAAUUUUCAGAAAUCUGAUAUAUUUUUUAUUAAAAAGGAUUACAGUACACAGUGGAACAACUGGCUUAUUCUGAGUUUCUACAUUUUUCUGCCUUUUUUCAUGUUUUUCAUCAUUGUGAUCAUGAAGCGAAAUGAAAUGAGGAAAUCAUGCAACAAAGAAAAAUCAGAA